UGAAAAUUAGGGUUUGAAGAAAAGGUCAUCCGACAACUUUUGAAAGUUGAAUCUUCUCCCUUCUCUGUGUUUCGUCCGUCCAAGGAUUCCUCCAAAGCAAAAGAAAAGCAAAAGCAAAAAUGAAGCUUAAGCAGUUGGAAGGCCUCGUUGGUGGCCUUCAACAGUUCUCCAACCCAAAAAUUGAACUUGAGCAAUACCCAACUGGACCCCACAUUGCUUCCCGCAUGCUCUACACUGCAGAGAAUUCAUUUGGGGAUGUGAGCAACAAGAUAGUGGCUGAUUUUGGCUGUGGUUGUGGUACAUUAGGUGCUGCAGCUGCACUCUUGGGCGCAGAACAUGUAAUUGGCAUUGAUGUCGACUCCCAGGCUCUUGAACUUGCUUAUCAAAAUGCGGAGGAUCUUGAGGUGGAUAUAGAAUACAUUCAGUGUGACGUCAAGAACUUAAGAUGGAGAGGUCAAUCUGUUGACACUGUAGUAAUGAAUCCUCCUUUUGGAACGCGGAAAAAGGGCGCAGAUAUGGAUUUUCUCUCCAUGUCUCUGAAGAUUGCUUCUCAAGCAGUAUAUUCCUUGCAUAAGACCUCAACAAGAGAGCAUGUGAGAAGAGCAGCCUUGCGGGAUUUCAACGCCAGCAGUGCCGAGGUUUUGUGCGAGCUUCGAUUCGAUGUGCCGCAGCUAUACAAGUUUCAUAAGAAAAAGGAGGUGGACGUUGCCGUUGACCUCUGGCGGUUUGUGCCCAAACACUAAUCAAGGAUUGCACCAAGAAUUCUCACGGAGCAAAAACUACUUUGAAGAGAUGUAGAUACAAAAUCUGACAACCCAAAAAAAAAGUUUUUUUUUUUUUUUUUUUUUUUUUUUUU